GAUAUCUCGUGGCACUCGAGUAUUCUGCUGCAACACAUGCUCGCAUGCAGCAGGCAGCAUGUCCGUCAUGGCCGCGAACAUGCUGCUAAGACCAAGGACUCUGCUCUUUCUGGUUGUCUUCUGCCUAAAUAAUGCCAUCCGUUUCUUAGCUGCACAAGACUGUGAAGACCCACAGCCACCGGGCCUCCUGGCCGCGACAGCGCACAACGCCACCACCUUCUCUCUGUCGUGGAGCGGCCUCAGCAGGACACAGCUGGACUGCACCGCCGGGUUCCGCGUGUGUCUGCACCGCGACCUGGACAACGACUACAGCUGCGUGUUCGUGAGCUGCGCGAAGCUGGACUACUGCGCCGCCGACAACAUCACGUGGUCCAGCGAGGGCUCCAAGCUGCAGACCUACCCCUGCUACGACUUCUCGGUCAGCGUGGCCGCCGUCUACGGCUUGCUGGGGGAGGACGGCCUGAUCUCCGAGGCGCGCCACGUAUCCUUCCAGGCAGCCCCGGUGGGAGUGACGGACUUGUCGGCCGUGAACACGACAAGCCACUCCACGCUGCUGGAGUGGAAGGCCUCCUCGUCCUCCUGCGCCGACCACUACGACGUGUCCUGGUGCGCCCAGGCCUACCCCUACCCCUGGCUGGGGGAGUGCCGCCCCACCAGCCGCCGCCUGCCCCCCAGCCAGGGGUCCCUCGGCAUCACCGGGCUGGCGCCCUGCACCAACUACCUGGUGGCCGUGAGCACUGUGUCGGGCAGCUCCCCCUCGCAGACUGACGCCACCAUCCACGUCACCACUCGCGCCGCAGGGGUUCAGGCUGUCCAGAACCUGACGGUGGCGGUCAGUGGCAAUGCAGUGAGGCUGUAUUGGGACGAGCUCGACCGCGCAUGCGUGAAGGACCACGAGGUGUGCUGGUGGGGCAAGGACGACAGCAAGACAUGCCGCCGGGAGGAGCAGGGGACCCUGCAUCGCCUCGACUUCUGCUCGGACUACAACGUGAGCGUGCGGGCCUUCGACGUGGGCGACUCGUCCUCCGCGACCGUCACCCACCACUUCACCACAGGCGCGGCCAGCGCUCUGACCCUGAAGGCCUCCCACGUGGCGGCCCGCUCCGCCGCGCUGGUGUGGCAGCCCUCGCCGUCCGCCGGGCAGUGCGGGCGGGGGUACGAGCUGAGCUGGUGCGUGCAGCCCUACACCAGCCAGGAGCCGUGCGAGCCAGUGGUCAGCCGGGCGCUGCCGCUCGACACCACGCGGGCCAACGUGACCGGGCUGUACCAGUGCCUCAGGCAGCGCAUCUCCCUGGUCACCGUCAGCGCCGGCGGCUGGAGGAGCGACCCCCGGGUCGUGGUCGUCAGGACGGGGCUGGACGAUCUCGGGCCGCCUCGAGACCUCAGAGUGGACGUGCUGAACUCGGCGAUGGUCUGGGUGUACUUCUCGCCCCCCGACGACUCGGGGAACUGCGUCCCCGACUACAGGGGCUGCUUCUGGGAGGACGACGACCCAGAGGCCACGCGGGUGUGUCUGCCCGCUCCCAACACGAUGUACUGGUUCAACGGGGAGAGCAGCACCAAGCCCUGCACCAACUACACUGUCGAGAUGACUGCGCUCAGCACCAACAACAAAAGUGCCAGCGCAUCCGUGUCUUUCACCUCCGCUGCGGAUGAAGUAAAAGGUCUGAAAGUGGAAAAUGUAACCUCGAACUAUUCUUCAUCUGCGAGGCUGAGCUGGAACGCGGAUUCGUUCAGCAAGUGCGUGCGGUACCAACACGUGACCUGGUCGCGAACUGACGGAUAUGGGGCAAGCCAGGAGGCCAACAUCUCUGCAGACGCCACACAGUUCCUGAUGGAGGACCUUGAUCCAUGCACAGAGUACAGUGCAGAAGUGAUGCGGCAGGCACCUUCUCCUUCAGAGAGCAGAAGUUUGAUAUUCUACAGUGCCAGUAAUGUGACGGCAGCCUCGGGCCUGGCGGUGACCUGUGAGCCGGGCAAGCCGGCAGCAGUGCUCUCCUUCUUCGCCCCGCCCUCUCCGAGGUGCGUGGCCAACUACUCGGUGUGCUGGGGCCCUGGCCAAGCCCCCUCCCCCGACUGGAGCUGCCGGGAUGUGGGCGGCACGGGGCACGUGAGCGUGUCGCUGGCAGGUCUGAACAGGUCCGAGCAGUACGGCUGCAGCGUGACUCCCGUGGCGCCCGACUGCCGGCCCUACUCCACGGCGCGCCUCGCCUUCAACUACACCUGCUCUGGUUGCGUGUCCAAGUUUGCUCCGAGCAUCGGAGUCCUGGUUCUUCUACCAGGAGUGCUGCGACUUCUUCCGAGCCUUGCUUUUGCCUGAUCUGGCAGUGAAGCACUACAUCCCGUGAAAUAUCUGUGUACGAUGAUGAAAUAAAUAUUUCUUUUGAAGAA